AUGGAGUUCCCGCACCACCACCACCACGGCCACCGCCGCGACGACGACGAGGACGACCGCCGGGGCCCGCCGCCCCCGGCCUACGGCGGCUACGGCCAGCCGCCGCCACCCGACCCUUACGGCCAUCCCCCGCCACCCGACCCGUACGGCCGGCCUCCGCCCCAGCCCGCGUACGGCGGGGGCGGGUACGGCAACGUCGUCCACGUCGCGCACGAGGCCGGCGACGAGAGGCCGCACUAUGGUGGCGGCGGCGGCGGCCUUGGUGGCGCCUACGGGGGCGGGGGUGGCCCCGAGUACGGCCACGAGGGCCGCCCGCACCACCACGGCGGAUCCGAGUACGGCCACGAGACACGCCCGCACCACGGGGGCGGGGGCGGGGGCGCCGCGCCGGUGAGGCAGCAGACCUACAGGAUCUACUGCAAGGCCGGGGAGGACCAGUACAGCCUCGCCGCCCGCGACGGCAAGGUCUGCCUCGUGCGCACUGACCGUGACGACGACGCGCAGCACUGGAUCAAGGACAUGAAGUACAGCACCAGGGUGAAGGAUGAGGAAGGCUACCCUGCCAUUGUCCUCGUCAACAAGGCCACCGGAGAGGCUCUCAAGCAUUCUAUUGGCCAGUCACACCCUGUUCCUCUGACCCGCUAUGAUCCAGACAAACUGGAUGAGUCGGUCCUGUGGACAGAGAGCAGGGACGUUGGGGAUGGAUUCCGCUGCAUUAGGAUGGUCAACAACAUCUACCUGAACUUUGAUGCUUUACAUGGAGACAAGGACCAUGGUGGUGUGCGCGACGGAACGACCCUUGUGCUGUGGGAGUGGUGUGAGGGAGACAACCAGCGCUGGAAGAUUGUUCCCUGGUCUCUUAAACAAUUGUGUUGA